GGCACGAAUGUGUUGGUAACCAAUAUCUAACAUAUACUAAGCACUCCAAUCACAGUACAACGCCCCGGGGUCUAUAUUUUCGGGCCGUACCCGAUCAUCAAACGCCACUCUUCAGCAAGACUCAUCUCUUGCAUGUUCUCCUUUUCACCUUUGCUUGAAGAUACUAUUUUAUUGUACAUCCUAUUUACAAGCUCAAGAUGACAGACCUUGACUUUUCUAGUUUAUCAUCUGCCAAUCUUGAGAUUGCCCUGAAUAGUCCCGCCCUGAAGCCACCAGACGGUGUUAAGCCGAACUUUGAACACCCAUUGAACAAGAACACGAUAUCGCUGGUUUCAAUAUUUCUCUGCUUUGUGGUAGGAUCAACCUUUCUAGGGAUUAGAAUAUACAUGAUAUUCUUCAAGAUGAGACAGCAACAUAUUGCAGACUAUUUAAUGAUUUUAGCAUACCCAUGCUGGGUGAUUACAGCCGUGGGGUCCCUGCGACGGAUCUUUGGAGCUACGGGAAUCUUUAUACAUGAGUGGGAUUUUCGCGGGAGGGAUAUAGCUGCAUAUAUCAAGGUCAUCUUCAUGGGUAUGUGCUUCUGGGCUGCCAGUACCGCGCUGAUGAAGUCGGCUAUCCUUCUUGAAUGGAUUCACAUAUUCUCUCCCACGAAUACACGGACCAUUUUCCAUCGGAGUUGCAAAAUCUUGCUCAUAUUUACCCCUUUAUUUUACGCCUCCCUUAUAAUUGCACUAAAUUUAUCUUGCACCCCUUAUGAAAGGAUCUGGGAUAAAACUGUGGCGGGAACCUGCAUCGACCUAAAAGCCAUCAAUAUUGCUGCCACCGCCACUAACGUCGUACUCGACAUCGCCAUCUUGAUACUACCGCAGAGGAUUAUCUGGAAACUGAAGAUGUCGAAUGCUAAAAAGAUCGGCAUAUCUGCAGUUUUCGCCGUCGGUAUCUUUGCCUGUAUUGCUGCUAUAGGCCUUUUCACGUCCAUGGUUAAUUGGGUCAAGUCAAAUGACUUAACGUAUCAUUACUCCGCAGUGGCGCUCUGGGCCAUAGCCGAAUCGACAUGCGGUACAAUGAUAUUUUGCGCGCCCGUGAUACCAAAGCUGUUCAAGGGCCUUAAACUCAAGUGGGCUUCUACAGUUAACUCUUGGGUGAGCUCACCUGUCUCCUACUGGGUUAGGCGCUCUGCAAAAAGGCGUGACGACAUAUGGACGCCUGCAGGGCUCGGAUCAGAUCCCCGCCAAUACCGUCACAUUGACGAGUCAAACUCUACGGUUUUAGGCAGAUUUGAGACUGCCAGGCCUACGGAUCAGCAAUACGGAAUCGUCUGCACCACCGAUAUUCUGGUAACGGAAAGUCGUGGUGACGAUUUUGUAACAAGCCAGCAGGAUAAACAGAAUCCAUGGCUUCCCAGUAUUCAAGAAAAUCGAGUAUAAUAAUAAGAAAAUGCAUCCUAUUAUCCAUGUUACUCCAAAGG